UCUUUCCUCGUGAGUAAUAGGACGAGAGAGGAUUCAUAUCUCCUUCAAAGAAUCUUCGAAGCUCAAUCCUGUAUCAUCACUUCCCAAUUCCGAUCCCGGGUCCAAAUUCGGGUCUUUCAUCUCCAUGGCGACUGAGCAGGCGGCAGGGGUGGAGAUAUCUGAGCCGUUUCUUCUUGAUUCAGAGGCAGAACGCAAAACCAGGGUCGUUGAUGCCGAUGAAAACGAGGAGGAGGUGGUGGAAAUAAUCCCCGAAUGGAAGGAGCAGAUCACGAUUCGAGGGCUUGUAGUGAGUGCUUUAUUAGGCGCUCUUUUCUGUAUAAUUACACACAAGCUCAAUCUCACGGUCGGAAUCAUUCCUUCUCUCAAUGUUGCUGCCGGUCUGCUCGGGUUUUUCUUUGUCAAGUCUUGGACCGGGUUUCUGUCGAAAUUAGGGUUUCAUGUUAAACCAUUUACUCGGCAAGAAAAUACUGUUAUCCAGACGUGUGUUGUUGCUUGUUAUGGCCUCGCCUUUAGUGGGGGAUUUGGGUCUUACUUGCUUUCGAUGGAUGAGAAAACGUACAAGCUGAUUGGCGAGGAUUACCCGGGUAAUCGAGCAGAGGAUGUUAAGAAUCCGGGGUUGUUGUGGAUGAUGGGGUUCAUAUUUGUUGUCAGUUUUCUUGGACUUUUUAGCCUUGUUCCUCUUCGGAAGGUUAUGGUCUUGGAUUAUAAGCUUACAUACCCCAGUGGAACUGCCACAGCAAUGUUAAUCAAUAGCUUCCAUACAAAUACUGGAGCUGAACUUGCCAGGUAUUCUAAGAUAGGAGCAUAUGUUAGGGAGACGAACGAGUGCAAAACUGCCCCGCCUUGUCUCCCCUCCCUGAAUAAGCGGGGAUGUGUGGGUUCUUUAUUUCUUCAUUGGGGGAGUUGGGAGUUGAUGCAUAGACAAGUUUUCACUAGGAGCUAUUUCAUGGGGAUGGUUAAUUCAUCAAAUGUGACGAGGGCUGUUUUGCAACCACCCAUUUUUCAAAAAAACACUAUUCCACCUAUUUUCAUUUUUAAAAAAUGGGGGCCAAACGGGGGCUAUGUGUUCAAUUCAUUUUCUAUCAAUUGUACCUUUAUUUUAACACCUUCAUUCUCUUACAUUUAUCUUGACUUCCUCGUUUACAUUUCUUCAUUCAUGUUGACUUCUUUGUUCUCUGUUUUUUGUCCUUUUUGCCACAAUGGAGCGAGCUUAUUUUACUAUCUUUCUUUUUUUUUUUUGCAGGUCUUUAUUGCUAUUUCCUUAAUUCUUGGGGAUGGGAUUUACAAUUUGAUCAAGAUAAUAGCAAUAACAAUUAUGGAGAUGUGCAGAAGUAGCACCAAGCACCAUAAUAUUCCAGUCGUCAACGAAGUUGCAGAUAGUGACAAAUCCAAGUUACUAGUGGAGCAGAGGAAAAGGUAUGCAGUUUUCCUGAAAGACGGGAUACCUUUCUGGUUUGCGGCCUCUGGAUAUGUUGCCCUAGCUGCCAUAUCUACUGCUACAAUGCCAAUGAUCUUUCCACCUCUUAAGUGGUAUUUGGUACUUUGCUCCUACAUAAUUGCACCUGCCCUUGCCUUCUGCAACUCAUAUGGCACUGGGCUCACGGAUUGGAGUCUGGCUUCUACUUAUGGAAAGAUUGGCCUCUUUAUUAUUGCUUCACUGGUCGGAAGCAAUGGUGGGGUCUUAGCCGGAUUGGCAGCUUGUGGUGUUAUGAUGUCCAUUGUCUCUACUGCUGCUGAUUUAAUGCAAGAUUUUAAGACUGGCUACCUUACUCUGUCAUCAGCAAAAUCUAUGUUUGUUAGCCAGUUAGUUGGAACUGCCAUGGGCUGUGUCAUUGCACCCCUCACAUUUUGGAUGUAUUGGAGCGCCUUCGAUAUUGGAACCCCCGAUAGUCCAUACAAAGCACCGUAUGCUGUUAUAUACAGGGAAAUGGCCAUUUUGGGAGUGGAGGGCUUCUCUGAACUUCCCAAGCAUUGUCUGGCUAUAUGUUCUGGGUUCUUUAUUGCAGCUCUGGCCAUAAACCUCUUGAGAGACAUCACCCCUAAAAAGGUUUCCCAGUUCAUCCCUAUUCCAAUGGCAAUGGCAGUGCCAUUUUAUAUUGGUGCUUACUUCGCGAUUGACAUGUUUGUUGGCACUGUAAUUUUAUUUGUAUGGGAGCGGAUAAAUAGGAAGGACGCCGAAGAUUAUGCAGGCGCGGUUGCUUCAGGUUUGAUAUGCGGUGAUGGAAUAUGGACUAUACCAUCUGCAAUUCUUUCCAUCUUCAGGAUCAAUCCACCCAUCUGCAUGGACUUUAAACCUACUUCAAGUGGUUGAACAAGCUAACCCGAAUGUGAGUUUGAAUUGCUUAGGUCUCUUGGAACUUCCCGACGCCCGUAAAUAAGAUGUAUUAUUAAUUUGUUUCCCAUUUUUUAGGCAUUUAAGCUCCCUCUCUGCUUUAACUGAAGUAAAUUUAUUUUAAGGGUUGUUUUUAAUAACUAGGUGCAGUAUUUCUUUCAUUAGGGGAGGAGGGUCGGUAACUUUCUACAUCCCUCCCCUCGCGAGCUCGGUGCUGUUGUCAAUAAAUUUUAUGUCUUGGCACAUUACUACUACUAAUGAAAUGGGAAGAUAUUAACACGAUUUUUUAA